AUGGAUAAUUCUUUGCUCGUCACCACCAGGAAGUUUUUGGGACUGAAAAGUCGCAGUGAGAGCGUAAAUUUGAACGAUGCUGCCGAGAUACUAAAUGUUCCCAAACGUCGCUUGUACGAUAUCACCAAUGUGCUUGAAGGCAUUGAUAUCGUUGAGAAGAUCGGAAAGAAUAGUAUAAGAUGGAAAAGUGCAAGAAAAUAUGUACUUGGCAACGAAGAUAAUAAUUGUGUUAGCAAAGAUAGGUUGUAG